ACCAGACGACGGCUCGGACGGGUACAUCAAAAUCUCACAUUAAAUCCUGACACGUGCAGUUAUAUGCAAUUUUUUUUUAAAUAUCCUCAAAACGGGAGAUCUGCAACGUUGGUUUGAUAUCCCUCGUGACACAAAAUUACAGCCAUGGACCCCAAGACCAUCGAGACGCCAGCAUCCUGCUAUGUGGACUUCUGUCUUGUGCCAGUGGGCACGGGCAACGUCUCCGUCGCCAACGAGGUGGCAGAGGUCCAAAAGCUGCUCAAAGCCUCAGGCCUCAAGUACACCAUGCACUCUGCUGGCACUACAGUCGAGGGCAACUGGGAUGAUGUCAUGAGGGUCAUCGGUCAGGCUCACACAGUCGUGCAUCGUGGGGGCGUGCAGCGUGUGCAGACGUCGAUACGUGUUGGAUCCAGGACCGACAAGAAGCAAACGGCAGAGGACAAGGUCAAGAGGGUCCAGGACAUCUUGGCCUCUUCAUAGCGAUUGCCAUUACUGGCCAUCACAGUAUAGAAUGCAGUAGAGAGGUUUGGUGAGUUUGCAUAAACCACAAAGGUUGUUGACAGGGAAGGGAAGGGAAAGUUAAAAUAGAAUCAUAUGUGGCUCGAACAAUGUUAACUUGGAA